UCCAAAUAGAAAUAUUCCCGAAGGGAGUAAAUCCGUGAAUUAAAGAACUGUAAAAAGGUUUCCCAUUUCAUAGAAGAAUGUUUUGAAUAUACUUUAACUCCUGGCCUUGUCAUCCAAGACAGGCACCUGCCCCCACAUACACAUUCCUUCCCGGGGUUGGAUAGCCUGUGACUCUAACAUAAGCAUCUCUAACUAACUCAAAGUUUUAUACAGACAUUGCCAUUCCUAAGGGGUCUGGGUUCUGCUUGUGAAAAACACAGCCAAAGCUCUCCUCAGCAAGCAGCUUGGUAAUUUGCUAUUGGUGUUCAGACUUUGGUGUCUCAAGUCCGUUUCCAAGGCCUGACCUGAGCCCAGCCAUGAGGAAUGCCUCAGUGGUGACCGAGUUCAUCCUGCUGGGCAUCCCACACACAGAGGAUCUGGAGACCAUGCUCUUUGUCCUGUUUUUGACCUUCUACGUCUUCACUCUUGUGGGAAACCUGCUCAUCCUGCUGGCCAUUGCCUCCUCCGCUCGACUGCACACCCCCAUGUAUUUCUUCUUGUGUGAGCUGUCUGUGUGUGACAUAUUUUUCCCUUCUGUGAGCUCCCCCAAGAUGCUCUUCUACCUCUCAGGGUACAGCCGAGCCAUCUCCUAUGCCGGCUGCGUGUCCCAGCUCUUCUUUUACCAUUUCCUGGGCUGCACCGAGUGCUUCCUGUACACAGUGAUGGCCUAUGACCGCUUCGUGGCCAUCUGUCACCCUCUACGCUACCAGGUGAUCAUGAGCCCCAGGGUGUGUGCCAUCCUGGCCUCGGGGACCUCGUUUUUUGGCUGUGUUCAGGCCACCUUUCUAACCACUCUCACCUUCCAGUUACCCUACUGUGGCCCCAAUGAGGUGGACUAUUUCUUCUGUGACAUCCCCGUGAUGCUGAAGCUGGCUUGUGCGGACACCGCAGCCCUGGAGAUGGUGGGGUUCAUCAGUGUGGGCCUCAUGCCCCUCAGCUGCUUUCUUCUCAUCCUCGCCUCCUACAGCCGCAUUGUCUACUCCAUCCUGCAGAUCCGCUCCACCCAGGGCCAACGCCAUGCCUUCUCCACCUGCAGCGCCCACCUCACUGCCAUCCUACUUUCCUUCAUGCCAGUGGUCCUCAUCUACCUAAGGCCAACAACAGAUCCCUGGCUGGAUGCAACGGUUCAGGUUCUGAAUAACCUGGUCACCCCCAUGCUGAACCCCUUGAUCUACAGCCUCAGGAACAAGGAGGUAAAAUCAUCUCUGAGGAAAGUCCUGCAUCAACUGGGCUUUCUUUCUGAGCACUUGUAG